AUCAAGAGGGGUGGGGACUUGGGAAGAGGGUGUGUCAACCUCUGAUUAAAAAGGUUUGUGUCCGUGCUCUCUUCACAAAUCCCUCUCUUCCACCAUCUCAACAACUCAAAAUUAUCAUACAAUUCUGCCAACAUGACGCAGCUCCCACAGGCAAUGGCCCUCCUCGGAAACGUCUUCGACAAGUACGCUGGAAAAGACGGAGACAGCAAGACUUUGACCAAGAACGAACUGUCUGAACUGCUCCACAAAGAGCUUGAUUUGAAACCCAGCAACAAAGCGGAUGUGGACAAAUUCUUCAAGGCGCUGGAUAACGACGGGGAUGGUGUUGUUGAUUUCCAGGAGUACGUCACUUUCGUAGCAGCCCUCUGCUCGAUGUGCAAGGGUCAAUAAUUCGGCCACAUUGCCUCAAAACUAAAUUUGUACUAAAUUAAAAAAAAUGGAAGAUCCAACUUGCACCAGUUUUACAGUCACAUCUAUAAAAUAUACAUGUCAUUAUCAUUUGUUCUGAGAAAGAAAACUUGGCUAAACACAUACAGAUGAGGAUUAUUAUGUAGGCUUGAGGACCUACUGAAUUUGAGUAUCGCUGAUAUUGAAGUGAUUAAUAAAGAAACAUAAAUAAACGUUGUCACAUUUUG